AUGAGAGUCUUUUAUAUCUUGGUCAUUUUUCUUAUAGCUUUUCAAGAAAUCAAAUGCUAGGAUGCUCAAAAAAGCAACUGCUUUAAAAUUUGCACUGCUCAUUAUGAAAAAUGCUCAAAACAUAAAAAUAAAUUGGAAAAAAAUAUGUUAUGUUUCCCUUUUCUUGAUAAUUGCUUAUUCAAUUGCUAGAAUUAUGAUUCAGAAGAUUAUGCAGCAUCAAUUAAAUAAUGCGAUAGUCUAUGCAAAAAUGAAUUACUUCUUUGCUAUUCUGAAUGCAAAGACUCAGCUUGUGACUAAAUUUGUUUUGAAAAUUAUGAAUAAUGUAAGUAUUCAGAUUGCUAUUGA